GAUUUUUCAGAUUGUGAUCUUUGUGACCGAUAUUAUCGAGCAUCAUGUAAAAUCCAUCCUCUGUUUGUUGUUAAUGACAGAGAGGUUCGCGAAGACCAUAAAACACGUGCUUUACAAACCUUACCUGCAUUCUUUGAAAUAAAAGCAUCAAAAAUACCCAAAGCUGGACUUGGAGUUUUUGCCAAGAUUGACAUACCAGUUGGAUUGGUGUUCGGACCAUAUCAGGGCAUUCUGUUAUGUGAUUCAAAAAAAGCGGAUCAACACGGUUAUUCAUGGGAAAUUCGUAUCGCUGGCAAACCAUCGCAAUUUGUGGAUGGUAGUGAUCCAAGAUAUUCGAAUUGGAUGCGCUAUAUUAAUAGCUCAAGAUUUGAAAAAGAGCAAAAUUUAAUAGCGUUUCAAUAUAAUGGCAGCGUAUAUUAUCGUGUAUUUCGACCGAUAAGUGAAGGCAUUGAGUUACUCGUUUGGUAUGGAAAUAAAUAUGGUGAAAGUUUAGGAGUGUUAUGUGCAUCGCAAAGAACAAAAAGGCCUUCGAUACCAAUUGAAAAAAACCCUUUUAUUUUUUAA